AUGAGUCAGGAAUAUUUUCCCGGCAAAGGUGGCUCCUCUGCCGGUGAGGGGUCAUCGAGACACGUACCCGAUGAAAGACCAGAAGAGAGCCCGUUCGUCCCCGGGCUCCCGCCCUCUUAUAUGACCGUUGGGAAUGGUUCGACCUCGGAAAGUGCUACAGCAUUGAUGAAUACACUGCAUGCGGACUCAGGGUAUGGCGGUAGUAUAGCCGAUGGAGACUCUAGUGCUGGAUGGAGAUCUGAGAUGUUGGUGGAUAGGCCGACUCCUGCGCAUACUCCUACACAACCCGGAGAAUGGAAUCCCGCCGCCGAGCACGAGAAGCAGGUCGUUGCCAGUCAUGUCCACCAGUUGUUAUAUAACUCGAAUCGAACCAAGCUUGCGCGCGCCAUUUCCCGGACAAUUGAGACGUUGAGAGAACUGCAGGAUAUGAACCGACAAUGGCCCGCCCAUUAUCCUGCCGCGCAGAGUGCCCCGGACUCCCCUUUGCGAAGGCCUUCUCUAAACCAAACCCAGUCGUCUUUCGGGAACUCGGAUGCACAACAUGAUGAUUUGUCGCGGCCCGGAGGUUUAAGACGUGCCGCCACCAUGCCUACGAAUGAAGAACUUGCAGAAUCGAGUGCCACAGCAGAACGUCGGGCUCCGCCGGAGCCGAGAUUAAUUAGCCCACAAAUUGCGCAAGAAUUCUCGAUCCUAAAGCUGGACUUGAAGUUAGGAGCUAUGUCACAAGCUGAACUGGUACACUCUCUGGAAAAAUCGUCGAUUGCAUCGUUGUUGGAUGGAAAAAUCAGCCAGAGCGUGAAGCAUCUGCUCUCGCUACGGGACAGAAUCGAGGACAUUUCCAGUAAAGUCUUGAUUACAGGAGAUUUGAACGCUGGAAAGUCAACGUUCUGUAACGCUCUGUUACGUCGCAAGGUACUACCCGAAGACCAGCAACCUUGCACUAGCAUUUUCUGUGAAGUCCUCGAUGCUCGGGAGAAUGGUGGACUCGAGGAAGUGCAUGCCGUGCAUAAGAAUCAACAAUACAACCGCAAUGAUGAGACUACCUACGACGCUUACGCGCUGAAUGAACUCGAGAAUAUCGUCAUUGACAACUCCAAGUAUAUGCACUGCAAGGUUUACGUGAAGGACGUACGAACGAUCGAUGAGUCUUUGCUCAACAAUGGAGUGGUCGACAUUGCUUUGAUCGAUGCCCCUGGGUUAAACUCGGACUCCUUGAAAACCACAGCUGUCUUUGCUCGCCAGGAGGAAAUUGAUGUGGUGGUAUUUGUCGUUUCGGCUGCCAACCAUUUCACCCUCUCCGCCCAGGACUUCAUUUGGAACGCAGCACACGAGAAGGCUUAUAUGUUUAUGGUUGUCAACGGUUUCGAUCAAAUCCGUGACAAGCAGCGGUGCCAGCGAAUGAUUCUGGAUCAAAUAAAAAAGCUGAGCCCCCGCACAUAUAAAGAGUCUGCUGAACUUGUCCACUUUGUGUCGAGUAAUGCUAUUCCUGUUGCGCCACAAGGCCCUGUCGAAGGUCCCGGCGGCGGCGGCGGUGGUGGUGGUGGGGGUGGAGGCUCUGAUCCUAAUGGAAAUGAUUGGCCGAGUGGUGAUGACGACGACGACAAGCCCGGCGACAAAGGAAAGGGUAAAGGGAAGGAGAAGGAAAAGAUCCAAGAUUUCGAGAAUCUGGAAAGUUCGUUGCGUCGAUUUGUGCUGGAGAAACGAUCUCGCUCGAAGUUGGCUCCUGCGCGGACCUAUCUUCUCAACCUUCUUGCAGACAUGAAUUCUCUAGCCUCCGUCAAUCGCGAUGUGGCGGAUAAUGAGCUCCAGAAUGUAUUGCAGGAAUUGGCGGACCUGGAACCUGCAUAUGAAACUGGAAAAAAGAAGAAGGUUGAACUGCAAGAAGAAGUCGAUAAGUGCAUUGACGAUUCGUGUGAGGAUGUGUACAAGCACACUCGGACAACCUUGACAUCUGCAAUCACCAAUGUGUCCGAGGCCAACUUGGGUGUUGAAUACCCCGGAAUCUUCUCUGCAUUCCAAUAUGCUGAAGAUCUGAAAUUGGCCAUGCUAGAGCAUAUUUCUGCUUCAGUGACUGGAUGCGAGGAUUACGCUCGUACAAAGACGGCGCAGGGAGUAGGCUUCAUUCAAAACCUCGGUCUGUUACAUAUUGGUGAAGACAAGUUUACUGCACCCACUUUCCGCGCCGAUCUAAUGUUCCGCCGUGGACGUCGUCAUGCGCUUGCUCGACAGGUGGACACGGAAGUAGAACUACUGGACUUCUUCGACGUCUCUACUCUUUGGGAGCGGCAAGAGAAGCUUGCCGGAACAGGCAUGGCCAUGACAGCCGUGACUGUACUCGGUGGUAGGGCGUUUGGUGGUAUUAGUUGGGUUGAUAGCAUGUUUGGCGCCGUUAAAUUCCUCGGGCCAAACAACAUGCGACGUCUCCUCGUGCCUGGCGUUGUCGCUGCUGCUCUUAUUACUACGGCGUAUAUGCUCUCUGCAAUUCCUGCCACGCUUCCUCCCCGGCUUUCACGGAAAAUUGCCGCAACACUUUCGGAGAUGGAUUACGUCCAUUCCAACUCUACUCGGAUAUCGUCUGAAGUGCGCCGUAUUCUCCGCGUACCCGCCGGCAACCUGCACAGCUCCCUGGCCCAGGAUGUCGAGGAUAUAGGGAGACGUAAACAGGAAGUCAGCAAAACGAAGCAGGAAAGUGAAGUGGCCAGCAAAUACUUCGCUAACCUGUUCCGCGAUACCACUGACAACAGGAAUUCCGUCGAGAACAUUGAUCUAGACGGCCCGCUACCUGGCGGACUCGGUGCGUACGACGCAUAG